AUGACCGCAACACCUAUAAUUGAAUUCGCACAAUUUAUGGGCACAGCCGACUAUCUCCCAACCACCCUCACUAUCAUUUUUGCGUUGAAUUGCUCCUCUGGAGAUGAGACUGGGAGACGGGCACAUGCUCACGUAUUCUUUUCGUCAAGUCAAAACCCGGACAAAGCAAACGCCACUUGGCUGCAUCUCAUUCCAGCCGUCUCGUAUACCCCUUUUGCGCCCUGUAUCAUAUCCUCCCCCACAACUUCUCAUGGCGAACCUGCAUCAGCCGACCCACAGAGUCUUAAUGGCGGUGACUUUCGAGGCAUUUCUCAGCUGUACAUCAUUGCGGACCUGAUGCAUCGAAUUCACCAAAUUCAAAGAACGAAACGUCCAAACCCACGAGACGAGGAUGCACAAGCUUCUGAACUACGCCCCUGCGAGUGCUUUGUAGGUACCAUUUUUCCGAUGUUCGAAGAUCCUGUUCGAGGAUUUGACGGAGAUAUUGAUCAGGACAUCAUUGCAGGAACCGGAAUAGGUGGAUUAAAUGCGAUUCUACUAGGCCGACUGGGCCUUACCGUCGACCAAAGCAUCGAAAUCUUGGAACGACUCCAACACGAGGUGCUUAUCGCCCAGAUGCCUUUUCCAACUCUGGCCAGUCUAGGCAAGGCCGGCAGCAACGAGCUCGAACAAUUUGCCAAACGCAUUGUGAAAGAUGCCACCGGAGACCCCGAUACGAUGAUGAAGAGAGAGAAACCUGGAUGUCAUUCGUUUGUCACCGCCAAACAUGACACUAGCUCGAGGUCAUCCGUCAUCCUUAGUUCAUAUAGACUGAGAACGAUCACCGACAUAGACUGUACGAUCUGGCAAGCCAUUCGAGCAACCUUGGCUGUUCCCGAAAUAUUCGACCCAAUUAGGAUAGGUCAGUACGAUGAUACCCCUUCCUUGACCUACCUCUGA